CCAGUGGCUGCUCCAGUGAGGCAGGCAGCGGAUCUGCUCGCAGACUGAGGCAGACAAAGGCGAGGGGAGAGACGGCGUGCCGCUAUCCUGCAGCAUCGACUCACACUCUCACAUCCACUCCCCCACACACACUCCCUUCACUCCGCAAGCAGAGACGCAGACUCUCUGGAGCUGGUCACCACCACCACACAUCUGUCACAACCACCAUAACUUUCUGUCAUCAUGGAGCUAGACUUUGGACAUUUUGAUGAGCGGGACAAGGCCUCCCGCACCCCACGGGGUGGACGCCUGAACGGACUCCCCAGCCCGACCCACAGCGCCCACUGCAGCUUCUACCGGACACGCACCCUGCAGGCCCUCACCAAUGAGAAGAAAGCCAAAAAGGUGCGCUUCUACCGCAACGGAGACCGCUAUUUCAAGGGCAUCGUGUAUGCUGUGGCCAACGACCGAUUUCGCACCUUUGACGCUCUGCUGGCCGACCUCACACGCUCUCUGUCCGACCACAUCAACCUGCCGCAGGGCGUCCGCUUCAUCUUCACUAUCGAUGGCACACGCAAGAUCUCUACCUUGGAUGAACUAGAGGAAGGGGAAAGCUACGUUUGUGCAUCAGAGAACUUCUACAAGAAGGUCGACUACACAAAGAACGUCAACCCCAACUGGUCUGUGAAUGUAAAGGCCUCGGCGAGCCAGAAGAACAUGCAGUCCUUAGCUGCCAAGGCGGCCAGCGAGCCCAGAGAGAGCAAGGACUUUGUUCGGCCCAAGCUGGUCACGGUGAUGCGCAGCGGCGUGAAGCCACGCAAAGCCGUCCGCGUCCUGCUCAACAAGAAAACGGCGCACUCCUUCGAGCAAGUGCUCACCGACAUCACAGAGGCCAUUAAACUGGAAAGCGGCGUGGUCAAGAGGAUCUACACGCUUGACGGCAAACAGGUUACUUGCCUUCAGGAUUUCUUUGGUGAUGACGACGUCUUCAUUGCAUGUGGACCAGAGAAAUUCCGCUAUGCACAGGACGACUUCUCUCUGGAUGAGAACGAAUGCAGGGUGAUGAAGGGACCCAAAGCCCAGCGUGGUUUAGCAAAGAGCCCUGGUCCAAUCAAGCGCAGCAAGUCUCCUGCUGAAUCGACCAACGGGACCGGCUCCAGCAGCCAGCUCUCCACCCCGAUUUCCAAGCAUUCCCCCACCUCCACCCCUACCAGUCCAGGCCUCAACAACAAGCAGAAGGAUCUCUACUUGCCCUUAUCUCUGGAUGAUGACGAUUCCCUCGGUGAAUCGAUGUAGACCCUCCUCCUGCCGCCAGCCUCCUGCUUUUUUUUGGCCUGAAACACAGAAGUUUAGUACCUCUGCUGCUUUCCACCUUCACUCACAGUGCCACCUGUUUAGGAGAACCACUCUUUGUCUCUUUUUAAGGGCCUUAGCCACCAGGGCUGACACAUUUGCUGCUUGAGAAAUGACACAAACGGGGAUUUUUUUUUUUCAAACAAUCAACUUCAACCAUGGCGGAACAAUCAGCUCACUAAUGUUCAGACUUUAUUCUAUCUGGAGGAUAGCCACUAUUUCUGCACACAGUUCACAAAGCCACAGAUUUAACGGUGCAAACAAACAGAAUCACUUUGGAUUUAAAUAUUUUGAUAAAGCUUAGUUUAAUGUUUCAGUCAUGAGAUUCCAAGCAGCAAAUGGGUAUUUUUAGGGGUGUUAGUCAGAACUGACUCAACUUUUGUAUCACUUGACGUAUUUGUGAUGUUCCUCCAUGUCCUCCUGUCCUUCCGCCCUGUAGUUUAAGGUGUGAAAGGUUCCUUGUCAGAGGAAGUCUGUUAAGCCAGAUUAAGUCUUUCUAACCCGCUGUAAAUACUGUGUAUAGUUAUCCACCAUAACAUCUCUGCCCAAUGUCCAUUGCUGUGCUUCCAUAACGUCACUACAAUGUCUGUCUAACAUUUUCUCAACAUGAAACAGGGUACGGUCAAAGUAAAAGAAGAACCAAAAUGAAGUGGGAUGCAGUUACUGACUGACGACGAUUAUUGGUCAGAAGCCUCCUCAAUGAGAAUCCAGGUUCCCAAAUUAGACUACAUGAGACAUUAUAAAACAUAUCUAAAGUUACACUGUUAAACCACCACAAGCACGGAGGCCUCAAACUCCUUGUGCUGCAAAUAAUUGGCAUCCUUCUUGUCCAAUCAGAGGCAAGGCGAAGGAGAAAGCGUCCCUCAACUCUUCAUGUUGGUGUUUCCUCUAUUUUGACCGCCUACAUGCAGAGUAGGCUAAUACAAGGAAUAUACCCACUGUGUUUUAGGUUUUUCACAAACUGCAGUGCAUGAUGUUGAUGAAUCAUGAUGAAAUUUUUGGGCAUGUAGAAAGUUGGAUUUGAAGGACCCAACGGUGCAAAAAAAAAAAAAAAACAAACACAACCAAAGGUAAAACAAGUAGGCCCUUUUUUUAAGAGAAAGAAAGGAAACACACAUUCAGGGCACAGUUUUUAUCAACAAAGUUUAAAUAAUUCCUUUUAGGCCAGCUUAUCGCGACUUCCCUUCCGCUUAUUAGAGGUGAUUUCACCGCGACUCGUGGUGACAUUUUUAUAGUUUGAAAUAAAUAAUAAAUAAAGGUCUCAAAGCCAAAGUAUGUUUUUGGACCAUUAAUUAUAGAAAGAGGGGAGAUAUGUAAUUUAAAUAGCUAUAAAAUAUGCUGGAGGAAGCACACCUGGAGUUUUAUGCAUGUUACUUUAAAGGCAUCAAAAUAAGGUAAAAUCAUGCUCAUCUGAGGCCAUUAGUUUUAUCAGGGCGCUAAACAGUAGUGGGAUUUCUCCUAUUUUGCAUGGCUCAGCAUCGUUCUCCAAUAUGGGGGUGAUGAAAACAUAACCGUUGUCUAAAUCUACGUGUGGGGUUUUAAAUUUUUAUAAAGUUGACUUAUUUAUAUCGAGGGUACUUGUGUAGGACUUUUUUCUAGUUUUACUCGCUCACAUGAGCUCUAAACACUUUUUUUCCAAGCUUCUGUGUGCAACUUUGUAUCGCCAUAUUCCUUUUUCUAUCACGACGACUUGCAAUCGUGUCUCUAGCGGAUCUACUGAAGAGAGUUUACUCAGAUUUUUUGCAGGGAAUCAAGCCUGAGGAAGCUCUAAAUUGGAUGACACUGAAGCACAAAGCAGGGAGCUAGUUACUUAUGACAGACACUUUACUGUGUACUACCACCAUCAGUUUCUCAAUAUAUUAAUAAAAUGCUGCACAUGUAGCAUCCUUUAAAUUAAUAUCUAUGCAUUUGGAUUGAAGAAUAUUUACAAAACUGAUUUUUUCUUUUCUGUAGGAAUGGCCUUUUUUAUACCCAAUAGUUUAAUAUAAGAAGCUAAAACUGAAAUUUCCAUGCAGUUAUUCCAUUGUGAUGAUGUGACGGUCUGAAAGUUGUAUGUCUUUGGAGUGAUCUGGUGCCUGCAGAUGGAUAAGCUUUGAGUAGCUGUAUUUCGAUCAAUAAUGCUCAAGACAAACCAUCACUUACCAACUCUCUGGUGCUGUAAACUACACCUUUCUCCUGCAGAGAGCGCUCUUACACCAGCACAGCAACCAAUAAUAUCGGCUAAUCCAACAGCAGGGACUCCUCACUUCAUCCACCAUUUUGUACAAAAACCAUAUUUGUUGUCACGGUCAGUUCUGUACAACCUUACAAGCUAAUAACGUUCUCGUUUCCUUGUUUUGUUUUUUUUUUCUACAGCUUAUUACAGCGCUACUGCUUAGAAAGCAUUGACAGAAAGUGUUGGUUGUCUUGUGUAAACCGGCGGCCACCAUGUAAGAUGGAUGGUGUGAUUCAUCACCUUCAGUGGUGCCUUGUUUUUAGAUUCCUGUCUUUUGAUAAAAGAGAGAAAAAGAACACGAAAUGGGACAUCAAUAGCUCGCUCUUUGUUAACAGCUCUUUGUAAAACAUUUUUAAACGUCUUGAAUGAGGAGACCUCCCAACACACUUUGUUUUGUAGAGAUACAGGACACUUGAUCAUGGUGUAAAUACGCUCCCUUCCUGUUCUCUUUCAUAUGUAUGCCUUUUCUGAUCGAAUGAAUGACUUUUUUUUUUUUCUCUGAAAUCUACAAUGUCCUUUUUAGUGGUACUUUGCAAUGUCACAGUGGCUUGUUUCAGUGCUUCAUUCAAUGUAUUAACCGGUAUCCUUUUGCAAUUAAAACAAUUGUACUCCA